AUGUAGGGUUUUAAACAGGAGAGGACAUAUAUAUAGACCUCGUAAUAGCCUAAAAACACUCUUUUGCUUCGCUAUCUCAUCAGAGUCGCCGUUAGAGAGAAAAAGAAAAGAUGGUUCAGCGUCUUACUUAUCGCAAAAGGCACAGCUAUGCCACCAAAUCCAACCAGCACAGGGUUGUCAAAACCCCCGGAGGUAGGCUGGUUUACCAGACAACUAAGAAGAGAGCUAGUGGACCUAAGUGCCCUGUUACUGGAAAGCGAAUCCAGGGGAUUCCUCAUUUGAGACCUGCUGAAUACAAGAGAUCUAGAUUGUCUAGAAACCGAAGAACUGUCAACCGUGCAUAUGGUGGAGUGUUGUCCGGAGGUGCUGUCAGGGAGAGGAUUAUCCGAGCCUUUUUGGUCGAAGAGCAAAAGAUUGUAAAGAAGGUUCUGAAGAUUCAGAAGUUAAAGGAGAAAGUUACAAAGACUUAAACAAGGGAGGCAAAAUAUAAUUCCUUACGAAUGUUUACAAGCUUGAAUCCAAUUUUGAUUUUGGUAAUUACUUAGGAAGAGAUAUGGGAAUGGUCAUUUAGCUUACCUUCAAUCGAAAUGAAUGUUUCUAGCUUAAAUUGCUUAAGACUUCUUGGGUACUUUAUCUUUGUCGACAAAUCAACUUCUAGAAUUUUAAUUUGUAUUAUUGUGUGCUUUUGACAUUGCAGUCCUGUCUGACGGUUGAUAUUUUGGUUGAUGCUUUUUUCUUUUCCUAUAUAAUAUUGUACUUCUUUGUUAA